AGGAAGACGUGAGGAUGUAAUGUUAAAUUGUUACGUGUCUCUUUGUCACUUGAUCCUUUUUAUUUUUUACCAUAGUCAGAGGCCUCCAUUGUGGUAUAUGCAUUGGGAGAAGCCUCGGUGUCCCUUCGGGGGGAAAUAGUGGAAAUUGGAAGCCGAAAAAAGAGACUGCAGAAGUGAACGUGAUUAAGUAUCUAGAACUGAACUCACCUGAAAAGUGAAACUUAUAGUCAAAAGAAAACAGUGUGAAGAGAGAGUGAACAUUAAUGAGUGAGUGAAAACUCCUGCAUUGGCGUGAGAGUAGAUCCUUCAGAGAAUAGAACAAACCUAUAGAAACAGUUAAACCAGUCCCGAAAAGAGCGUGGAGAAGGCAAGAAAAGAUGUCAGGAAGGCGGAAAGUGUCAGCCGAGUGGAAAAAGAGAGUGAAGAGCGAGUACACGCGGCUAAGGUCCCUCAAGAAGUUCAAAAGGGCUGACGAGAUCAAGGCGGCGUGGAACCAGAACAGGGCUCACCUCAAUGAGUUACUGGAGCAGGAAGACCAGACGAUGAUAGGGAUGGGACCAGUGUGGGUGUGCUCUGUGGAGGCGCCCCCACACCAGGCAGUCAUGAGAAGAACCCAUGUAACCUCCUCCUGCUCCGAGCCCCUCUCUGUCCCCAUCAGGACCAUCAGUGCUGUUAAUCCCAUACCCACCAUGUACACUUGGGCCCCACUCCAGCAGAAUUUCAUGGUUGAAGAUGAGACUGUCCUGCACAAUAUCCCGUACAUGGGUGAUGAAGUGCUUGAUCAGGAUGGCAAAUUCAUUGAGGAACUCAUACGCAAUUAUGAUGGAAAAGUUCAUGGAGACCGAGAGACUGGAUUUAUUGAUGAUGAGAUAUUUGUGGAACUUGUUGAUACUCUUGUACAGCAGUAUCAGGUAAGUAUUUGCUUUGAUGUGAUUUGA